AUGGCGCCUCGCCAGCGCACCGCCCUUGCUGGGCCCUGGGUGGCCAUGGCUGCCGCCCUUCUCUUGGCGGCAAGUGCCUCGGCAAACCUUGAUCUUUGCUACAAAAUUCGCUGGAACCUCGCGUCUAACGACGUCAAAGAAUCCGUCAUCAAACCCGUCACUGCUUUCCCGGCCGAGCAUGCGCUCGUAUCGCGCGGCUACUGUGGUGGCAAGAACACUGGCGAUCCCAUCCCUCACAACGCUCGCUGGUCCACCCGCGGCCGAUACAAUUACUGGGAUUGCGACCGGGUGACUGGCGGCCAGGCCUUUUAUGCCGACGUUUUUCAACAGGGCAUUGAGGUUCUGGCUCAAACAUGCACCGACUACUGCGCUAGCAAAUCCUGUGGCGAGUGCUCGGUCGACCCGCAGUGUGGCUGGUGCUCUGGUGCCAACGGCGGCUGCAAACCCGUGCACCAAGCAGCGUCGUGCAGCGGCGACUUUUUGGAGCAGGGCUGCUGCGCCUCGUGCGCCGUGCACACAGAUUGUGGCGAUUGUAUCGCCGAUGUGGCAACGGGCUGUGCCUGGUCGUUCAAUAGCGGCACCUGCAUUUCCGGACACUCUUCUUUCGGCAUCUGCGAAGCCGCCGAGUGGUAUCAGAUUGCCAAGGCCGGCGUCUCCUCCUGCCGCGUGGCCCCAGGCGCCGUGCUUUCCGAGGAGGCCAGCGCUCCUGUGCCGACCGUCUACAACUCACCCGUCGUAGACUGGUGCUCGGGUCAUGGCACCGCCGACUGGGGCGACUCGUUUAGCUGCACCUGCGACGAGGGUUGGUUUGGCGACGACUGUAGCCGCGAAUGCCCCGGUGGUGCUGCCAACCCGUGCAGCGGCCACGGAACCUGCGACACUCGUACCGGUACCUGCAUGUGCCAGUGUGGCUUUGGUGGUAGCCUGGGUCAGUGCGAGCGCGAGCUGGACUGUGAUUGCAAAGCGGAUCAGAACAACGGCUAUUGCUUCAUCAACGAAACCGCCAACUGCCCCGUGCAGUGCGGCAAGGUGGACGACAACAACGUGUGCAGUGGCACUGAUGUUGACUUUGUCAGCUCAACCUCAGACCUGCGCCGUGUGCCUGGCUCCCAGUGCUCCUGCGCCUCCGAUGUCUGGGGCGUGAAGUGUGACCAGGCCUGCCCGGUCGAUGAGCAGGGCCGCGUCUGCGGCGGCCAGGGCUCUUGCAAUGUGGAAACAGGCCAAUGCACCUGCGGUCCUUGCUUUGAGCAGGCCCCUGAUGGCUCCUGCACCCCUAAAAGCUGCCCUCGUUGCCACAACGGCGGCUCUUGCGAGUGCGAUGCCGAAGAGGGCAUGGUCUGCCGCUGUCUUGGUUUCUUUUCCGGUGACAAGUGCAGGAAAUGCGACUGCCUCAACGGCGGCUCUUGCAACGAAAUUUCCGGCGCUUGCGACUGUCCUACCGGGUUUAUGGGCGACAAGUGCGAGUUUGAGUGCUCGCGCGAGUCUCUGUGUCAUGGCCAUGGCGAGUGCAAUGCCGAGAGCCAGUCAUGUGAUUGUGACCCCGGCUUUGUCGGCAUUGGCGACAACUUGUGCAAGUGGGAGUGCGACGAUUCCCAGUGCAACGGCCACGGCUUUUGCUCUCACCUCACUGGUGGUUGUGAAUGCGCCAAGGGCUACGUGGCCCCCGCCUGCGAGCACGCCUGCGAUGCCGGUGUCUGUCAAAAUGGCGCGACCUGUCUUCGCGGGGAUCAGUAUGCCGCUGGCUACAAGUGUCAGUGCCCUCCGGGCUGGACUGGCACCUUUUGCACCCAGGACGUGAACGAGUGCGCCUCCGCCACGCUCAAUCAAUGCGAAUACGCCGACCUUUGCGUCAACCGCGAGGGUGACUACAAGUGCGAGUGCCCUGCCGGCUUUCGCCUCAAGCAAAACAGCCGGACACAUUGCGUCAACAUGAACGACUGCCCCAACACUUGGAAGCCCUGCGGUGAUCACGGCUACUGCCAGGAUCUGAUUCAGGACUAUGAAUGCGUUUGCGACCCCGGCUUUGAGGGCGCGUUGUGCGAGAUCAACAUUGAUGACUGUCAAUCCGACAGCUGCAACGGGCACGGCCAGUGUGUGGAUGGGAUCAAUGACUUUACCUGUGCUUGUGACGAAGGGUUCAUGGGCGCCACCUGCUCAGAGGACGUGGACGAAUGCGAGGCCAGUCCUUGCCACCCGGACGCGAGCUGCCACAACUCGUUCGGCAGCUACGCCUGCACGUGCCAUCCUGGGUACACGGGCAACGGGUUCGACACUUGCCUCAACAUUGAUGAGUGCGAGCAGGAGGGCAUUUGCCCCGAACACAGCUCUUGUGUCGACACGCCCGGCUCGCACCGCUGUGACUGCCACACGGGGUAUGCCAAGUCGACCGACGCCGGCUCAGAGGCUGAGGUGUGCGUCGACAUUGACGAUUGCUUUACCGCCACUGGGGCCGACGUCUGCGUGCACGCCACCGGGUGCACGGACCACCUCAACGACUUUACCUGCACAUGUGAGGCGGGUUGGACCGGCAAAACGUGCAACAUCAACAUUGAUGAUUGCAACCCCAAUCCCUGCCUACACGACGGAGCCUGCACCGAUGGCAUUGCCAGCUACACAUGCAACUGUGACAACACUGGCUUUGAGGGCAGCAAUUGCCAGACGGAGAUUGACGAGUGUGCCGCGGCAGAUCGACCGGCGUGCCAGCACGGCGGCGUAUGCCAGGAUCAAAUCAAUGGCUACAGCUGCAACUGCUCCAGCGGUUGGACCGGCACCCAUUGCUCGGAGAACGUCAACGAGUGUGGCGAUGGCACCGUCUUCUCCCCCAACCCUUGUCAGAACGGCGGUCGUUGCGUGGACGAGCCUGGCACGUUUCACUGCGAAUGCGAUGGCACGGGCUUUGCCGGUGACCUUUGCCAAACCAACGUGAACGAGUGCGCGACUGGCACCCACUCCUGUGAUGCCAAUGCGCGCUGUGAGGACCGCAAUCCGGGAUAUGCGUGCUUUUGCAAGGACGGCUACGCCGGCAGCGGCCACGAGUGUGCGGACGUCAACGAGUGUGCCUCGGCCGAGGCCAACGACUGUCAUGCUACCCAUGGCCUGUGCAACAAUACGGAUGGAGGUUACACAUGUGCCUGCGCCCCAGGCUUUUCCGGGGAUGGUUUCACCUGUACAGAUGUGGACGAGUGUGCCGCUGCCCACACCAACGACUGUGACGCAGAGGCGUCGUGCGGUAACACCUUUGGUAGCUACACGUGCACCUGCAAUGCCGGCUACCAAGGCAACGGCACCACCUGUGUCAACGUGAAUGAGUGCGCUGCGCAGACACACACCUGUCAUCGCCAUGCGCUGUGCAGCGACACAAUUGGUAGCUACACCUGUGCCUGCAAGUCUGGCUACACAGGCAAUGGCCGCACCUGCAACGACGUGAACGAAUGCCUCUCAGCCACAACCUGCGGCUCAAACGCCGCUUGCACUAACCUGCCUGGCACAUACAAUUGCAGUUGCAAUGCGGGCUACGAGGGCAACGGUUUUGAGGCGUGCAGUGAUAUCAACGAGUGCCAGCGCUAUCCCGGCACAUGUGGUGCGCACGCGAGCUGCACGAAUACUGCAGGCAGCUACACUUGCCGUUGCGAUAGCGGUUUCAGCAUGACGGACGCCGGGUGUGAGGAUGUGGACGAAUGCGCCACAGAUGCCCAUGCUUGCGAGGCAUCGGCUGCUUGCGUCAACGGGGUGGGCUCGUAUCACUGCAGCUGCGAAGAUGGUUACGAGCUCACAGCCUCGGGCCUGGCGUGCCAGGACGUUGACGAGUGUGCCGAGGGCACGGAUACAUGUGCAGCCAAGGCCACCUGCGAAAACACGAUCGGUGGCUUCGCUUGCACGUGCAAUACCGGGUAUCGCGGGGACGGGCACACCUGCGCCCAAAUCGACGAGUGCGCUGAAUCAAGUCCUUGUCAGGCCAACGCCGACUGCUACGACACAGACGGCAGUUACUUCUGCCAGUGCACCGAGGGCUAUGAAGCGGAUGGUACCGGCCAGUGCGUUGAUGUGCCAGAGUGCGCGUGCGGCUUGCAUGACUGCGAUGCCAAUGCGCGCUGUGUUGAGGCGCCAGGUUCAUAUUCUUGUGCCUGCAAGGCCGGGUACACCAAGAACGAGCACGACGUUUGCGUGGACAUUGACGAGUGUGACACCGGAGCGGACAAUUGCCACGAGCAUGCCACGUGCAUCAACACGGCCGGUAGCUUUCAGUGCGCGUGCAACACCAACUACACGGGUGACGGCGUGCAUUGUGAGCAUCCCCUGGACUGCGACCCCGAGACAAAGCCGUGCGAUGAGCAUGCCACCUGUGGUGAGACGGCCAGCGGACCCCGCUGUUCAUGCCAUGCUGGCUACGCGGGUACGGGCUUUGUGUGCACCAACGUGGAUGAGUGCAGCACUGGUACUCACAACUGUGCGGCCAAUGCCGAGUGCCUCGACACUGUUGGCAGCUUUACCUGCACUUGUGCCGACGGGUACGAGGGGGAUGGCCUGUCGUGCACGGACAUUAACGAAUGCCUGUCUGACGAGACCUGUGCCGAGCAUGCCGAGUGCACCAACGUGCCAGGUAGCUUCCGCUGCCAGUGCCAGGACGGCUUUGAGGGCAAUGGACAAGAGCAAUGCACGGACGUGAACGAAUGUGUGCGCUUUCCCGACAUUUGUGGCCGUAACGCGGCAUGCUCCAACACAGCCGGCAACUACUCGUGCACUUGCAACAGCGGCUACACGCCGACCAGCGAGGGCUGCGUAGACACGGAUGAGUGUGCCACGGGCACCCACAGCUGCACUGGUGUCGCCACUUGUGCCAACAAGGUGGGGGGAUACAGUUGCGGCUGUCCUGCCGGGUACCAGCUCCAGGGCAAGUACACCUGUGUCGACAUUGACGAGUGCAGCGCCACGGGCAGCACUGCUGCGUGCGCCAACGCGGCGCUGUGCAACAACACGGUUGGUGGCUUUGCGUGUUCUUGCCCUGCGGGCUACCGCGGCGAUGCCUACCAAAGCGGCUGCGUGCAGAUUGACGAGUGUGCAGAAGGGGCGCAGUGUGAUGCCCACGAGGAUUGCGUGGACACGGAUGGUAGCUACUUUUGCCAGUGCAGCGCCGGUUUUGAGCGUGGCGACGGCGAGUUGGCAGGUUGUGUCGACGUGCCCGAAUGUGCUCGCGGGCUGGACAAUUGCGCCGACCACGCGCUGUGCACGGAAACCAUGGGUGGCUACGCAUGUGAGUGCGCGGACGGCUUUGAGGGCGAUGGGUUCGUGUGUACCGAUGUAGACGAGUGUGCCAGCCAGCUCGACGACUGUCAUGAGCAAGCCAAAUGCACCAACGUGCCGGGAGACUAUACAUGCAGUUGCAACAAUGGGUAUCGAGGUGACGGCCGCAUCUGCACUGACAUUCCCGAGUGUAGCCUGGGCACUCACGCGUGCCACCGGGACGCCGUCUGCAUUGAGGCGGCCCCAGGCUAUGAUUGCCAAUGCCAACCGGGCUACGAAGGCAACGGCACGUUCUGCCAAGACAUUGCUGAGUGUGAGACGGUGCAGUGCCCGACCGGCGCCGUGUGCGUUGAGCUUCCAGGCUCUUAUGAUUGCGAGGCUGCGGACGGAUAUGAGGAAGAGGAUGAUGGCUCUUUCUCGGAUAUUGAUGAAUGCGACCGCGGCACGCAUCAGUGCGAGCAUUACUGCAUCAACACGCCUGGCUCAUACCGGUGCUCUUGCCAAGUGAGCUUUACGUUGCGUCGUGACGGCUUCACUUGCAUCCCGAACAAUGAAACAACCACGACGACGACCACGACAACGACGCUCCGCACGACCACGACCACCACCACGGCCAGCCGCUCCUCUUCAUCCACCACCACCACAACAAGCAGCAUCAAAAAUGCGGGCCCGAGGACCCUUCGUCUGGUCGAGACAGUGACCUUUGGCAGCGCGCAGUGCGUAGCCCAGGCCGAGCACUUUGUUGCCAUUGACACGCCUGAGCUGCAUGCCAUCAUUGCGCGGGAGUUUGGUGCCUUGAGUUCAACCAAGAACAUCGAGUCCUCUGUCAACUAUGCCGCCAACGAUGACGGGGACAUUGUCCUGACCUACGUCGUGGACUUUUCCGAGUCUGAGAAGGAGGCAGUGGAGCAAAAGGCUGUGCAGGUCAAGACGCUCUUGAAUGAGUUUGUGCAAUUGCUUGAUACCAGCAGCAGUGAUUGCGACUUUUUCGAGGAUGUGGACGUGAAGACAAACAGCAACAUGCAGAUCCUGAGCAACGACGACGAGGAGGAUUCGUCCACAACCGAGAACAAAAACGACGUGGGCUCACUCAUCCCCAUUAUUGCCGUGUGUGCCGUCUUGCUCGUUGUUGUGGUGGUGGUCGUCACGGCUCGCAACCUGUCGUGGGGUGCUGGUGACGGCUUUACUCUGGGCAAGGCCACGGGCCUUUUGCUGGCCGAUGGUGAUUUUGACAAUCCCAUGCAUUCGGCCAAGCAGCGCGGCGUUGCCUUUGACAAUCCCGUGUACGAUGACCUCGAUGUGGACGAGACAGACGAUGAGGACUUUGAGGAGGAUUUUGAGGAAUUCUAA